AUGUUAAGCCUCCAAAAGAUUCUAUCAAGGUUUACGGAUGAAGAAUUUUGUGAGCUCUUCAAACCAAUCAAUAAUGGCCAGCAUCGAUUAUUGAGAAUAUCUUUACUUGAAAUUGAAAGAUUUUUCUUUAUCGAAUUUCAGUGUGAAUUUAGAGAUUACGCUUUUUAUACCUACUAUUAUCAUUUUAAUGUUGAUGAUCGAUCUUUGAACAUGGCAUUCACAGACUAUGAAGAUUGUGUCUUGUGUUGGGAUGAUCGAUGGAAGUGGAUUGGUAAACAAAUAGAAAGAGGAUGCUCCAACGAUUCUGUAUUGAAUAUCAAAUACUUGGACGAUGUACAAGUCAAACACAGUAAUGCAAUUACACGGCGAAAUGUCAUGGAAUUAUUGAAAACACCAUUCAUUCAGAUGAACUCGAGAAUUGGAGAUUUCAUCGUGGUGAUCGUGAUGGACCAUUAA